GGUUCUUUACCUAAGCUACAACGCAGACUUCCUGCAGGCUCACAGUAUCCCGCCUGAUUGGCUGUCUCCGGUUGCCCUUGGAGUUCGUCGCAUGGCAACCGCCCCUCCCCUGCAGCUUCAGAACCUGGCUCCUAUCAAACUGCCGCAUCCCAAGCCACACGGACUGGGAGAAAAUGUAUUUUUCCUUUGUUAUUUAUCACUUGUAUUGUUUCUAAACACACUUAUCUUAAGUUUGUUCACUUUUACCGACGUGUGCAAAUCUACUUACGAAUAAAACAGGAUUGUCAACAGUGCACAUAUAUGUACCUCCAUCAUAUGUGUUUCUUGAGGAUGAAUGGAGAGAUUGACUGUACAUACAGUGCGGGGGGUGCAACGGAGCGAGUAAAAUCAAGCCAGGGGGUUGAGUGUGAAUAUGAGUCUCCAACUCCGCUGAUGACGUAGAGAACAGCGCAGUGAAGUGUAUGUCCGGGAUAAAUUCACAGCGCGAGAGAGCAGGACAAGGACCCGCGUGACUGCUGCAGGGAGGGGAGAGGGGGAUAGUGUGUAUUCCACCACAAAACUCCCACUGAAGAAAAAUGGGAAAAUAAAUAUUCAAGGAUUCUAUACCAUCAUCAGCUGCAAUUCCAUUCCUAAAUAAGAAACCUCUACAAUCAAGCUUUUAUGUAUUUUUUUAACACAAUAUAUCAUUACUAGAACUAUCACAAAAAUCAUCGUUCGCGGAAUUAUCUGCUUGUGAUCUCCAUUUAUUUAUUACUCAUGCAAUUUCUGCAUCUCCAUCUUGGCUGACAGCGAACAUGCUCUGUAGUCGGAUCUAAAUGAAGACAUCCGUUCUUCCGGGCCCGUAUCCUAAGGAAUCACCUUCCACCUUGAUCCAUUUCCAUUGCACGCGUGUUCGCCUGGAUUACAUGUUUGACGGUAUAACGGGUUGUGAUAUUACGGAAAGAAAGGGAGUCGGGGAUAGAAAACAACCUUUACGCGGGCCUAAUGUGAGUUUAGAUAGUAACUGCGGUAGUGUCACGGCCUGUACGGUGCUUUGGAUACCGCAGUGCUACGGCGCUGGGGAGGGGGAGGAAGAGGAGAAAAAUGACAAGAGGUAGAAUAAUUAGGAAUGGGUGGAUGCAUGCUGUGACUAAAACUCCGAUUUGAUGCGCACUACGUUUCUAUAGUUAAAUAUUUACCUAAUGUAAUUCGUGUGUUUGGACUGUGCGGUAAGCUAUUGCUCACUAGACAGAGCUACCCUGCUAUGCUACGUGUGCUACUUUGCGUUAUGUGGUCCUGAAGCGAGCUGCAAAUGAGUUACCGUUCGCUACUGAGGCUGGUGGAUUGGAUCUGUGGAUCAAGCGAAAGGGAAGAGGAUGUAUUGAAAGUCGAGGGUUCUAAUAUUCAAUAAAUAAAAAAUAACCUGAAGAUGUUUCUAAGACAGCUGAAACUUUGGAUUGGACAUCACUGAACUGGACAGCAGGCGGCUGAGUUACAGAGUUACAGUGAGCUGUCACUGAUCGUGCUGUUCUAGUAGAAACCCAUUCCCUCAAUUUUCGGAAAAUAUAUAUUUUUCUUCAACAACAGCCCCCUCUUACCAGCUGCCAUCCCUUCUAUAGCCUACAUUUUUUUGUCAUCCCAAUACGUUCCCACAAUCCUUUGUUUUGUACACUUGAACUCCCCUGAAUCGACAUCCCUCUUCCAACCCCUCGCCAUGCCCUCUCCGUCAGAUUCAAGCAGCGUGGCGUCUGUGUCUGGGUCUCGUGGCAUGUCAGGGAGCCGCAGGGGCAUGUCCGGCAGGGGUGGGGCUCGCCUCCUGCUCUACCUGGGCCUGUGUCACCUGGGGCUGGGCGCCAUGGUCCUGGCCUUCAGCUUCACCAGCCUGGCCUUCACCUCCUCGCCCCGCAUCCGUCAGUCCUGUCCGUUCUGGGCCGGCUUCUUCGUGGUGGCUUCAGGGCUGGUGGGAGUGAUCUCCUGGAGAAGACCGCUGACGCUGGUGGUGUCACUGUUCAUGUUGCUGUCGGCUGUGUGUGUCAUCCUCAGCCUGGCUGGAUCCAUGCUGUCCUGCCAAAAUGCUCAGCUGGUCAAGUCACUGCAGGCCUGCCAGGUGGAGGACGGGGUGUGCUGGUGCUGCAACACUGGACACACCUGCUCCCAGUCAGAGGACACGCUAGUGCUCUACCCACAUGCAGACUGUCACUCUGUGCGCCACCAGCUCAAGGACCUGCUGUUCAGUGCCUGUGGCCUCAGUAUUCUCUCCACCAUCGUCUGCACCUUGUCUACUGUAACCUGCAGUAUUCACAUCUUCUCCCUGGACCUGCUGCACCUGCUGGCCCCACACCGCUCUCGUUCAGUCAACCCAGAGUGCACCACCCCUCAAGACGCCUUCCUCACCAACAUCCUGGACUUUGAGGAGUUUGUGCCCCCCAUCCCACCCCCACCGUACUACCCUCCGGAGUACACCUGCAGCUCUGAAACGGAUGCACAGAGUAUCACCUACAAUGGCUCUAUGGAAAGUCCGGUGCCUCUCUACCCCACUGACUGCCCUCCCCCUUACGAGGCUGUCAUGUGUCAGAGGGUGGCCAGCCAGGCAACGGUGUAUGAUGCCCAAGGAACAGAGCUGUCCUGCGAGAGAGGGACAUCGACUGCUUUCAGCGGAGAGGCCUCCAUGGACAGCGGCUCCCUGCUGAUGUCGGAGAUCGUGGACAUCCCAGACGACAGCUCGCCCUCGGAGGACUCCUGCCUGAUGGAGGUGGGGGUGGGGGUGGGGCCGAGGGGGCGGAGCAGCGGGGGCGAGGGGGGCGAGUACGUCAGCUUCCGCUGCCCCUCGCAGAGCCGGCCCCCGCCCGACUCGCCCUCCUUCUGCCCCCAGCCCCGCCGCUGCUUCAGAGGGGAGAGGUCCAACUCCUGCUCCUCCCCCAGCAGCUCCGCCUCCCGCAGAUCUCCAGUCCUGCGUCACCAGGCCAUAUUGGCCAGCAGUUGUUCUCAGCUGGAGACGCUAGGGGGCGCUGGAUCCCAGCGCUCCUCCGUCCCAGAGAUCCGCGUCCGCCCCUGCACCCCGUCCCGCCGCGGCUCCGACACCCCGGCCCCUCCCGGCGCCUCCUCCCCGGCGUCCAAUCUGGGCAGCGGGCCGCCCGUCUUCCUCCUGCCCCCCUACCCCCGGCGGCGGAGCGGGGGGCGGGACCGCUGUGACAGCGACUCCCUCCUCCCGCUGGUGCGGUCCCACAGCGAGCCGGGCCUGAGCUCGUCCACGGACACGGGAGACUUCAGUGGUUCAACUGGUUGUAAAGGAGUGAGUGAGGAAGGCUCACAGACUUCCUCUGAAACUGGUCCGUCCUCAGAGGCCUGUCUGUUGCCUCGUUCAUCUCUGGUGCCCCCUAGUGCCCUCCCAAGGAAGGGCAGCGUGAAAGCAGGAAUGGGGCUCUUGCCCUCGAAGCCUCCCCCUGCCUCCCCCCUUCGCCUCCCCAAGGACUGUGCUCGCUCUCUUGGGGACCUCAAGGUGACCAGGGUGUUGGUGGCUCGGUUCCUUCAGCGCUCCAAACGUAACCUCGCCCCACCUUUGGAUCACGCAGGGGGUGGAAUACAAGGGCCAAAGAGAAGAGCGGGGGCUGAGGGCGGUGGGGCAAGUCACCGCCCCUUUGAACAGGUCCUCCGCAACUCUUGGGGAGCCAGCAGGGGGCAGCAGUACCAGCAGCACUCCCACCACCACCGCAGCCACCACUCCCAGAGCGAGAGCCACGGCCGUCGCCGCGACAACCCCGUGCGGGUGGAGGGCAUCCACCUGCGCAGCUGCGGGGACCUGAGCUCCACCUCCGCGGCCUCCCUGCGCAGACUCCUCUCCCGGCCCCACGGCUCCUCAGGAACCCUGUACACGGAGUCAGCGCUGUGACUGGCCGGGGGGCCGCAAGGGGGUGGAGCCGUGUGAGGAGGCGGGGUGAUGGGAGGAGACAGAGGAGGAGGGCGUGACAGGAGAGUACUGUACUCUGACUCUUGACACAACAUUACUUGACAGAACACAAUGCAGGAAGGCAAAUUGCAAGUGACAAAAUGUCCAGGGCGAGACUCAGAAAAGGGAGGGAUGAAGUUUGAGGAGAAACAUCUUGGUUUUAAUUGAAAGAGGGAGUGUGUUGUAGGAAGGGUAACAUCUUGGAGGGGAGAGAUGGGGUAGAGGGAUUUUGGGAGGAAGGAUAUGGGUGCAGAUCGGAAUUUUGGAUGGAGAAAUGAGGGAAUGGGGAAAGGAAAAGAGAAAUGUGGGGAAAUGGAAGAGAGAUUUUGCAGAAUGAACGCAAACUGACUCGCCAAGACGGCGAUCCGCUGAAGCAGUGCGACUGUACGACUGGACUGAACCGGAGCCUUCAAAACAAACCCGCCUUGGAGUCUAUCCCACACAACGUACACCAACACUGUGGUGCUGUUUCUCAUCGCAAACUCAGGCUUCCUCCUCCUCUGUGUCCCUCCGUCCCGAUCACGUGACCCCCCUCCCUGUCCCAUCUCCCCGAUCCUGACGAUCUCAGCGCGCGCCCGCGAGACGAGCCGUCGCCGCGCAGAGGGGGCGGAGAGAAGCCCGUCCGCUCGGCCACGCCCCCCGCACAAGUUCACGCGACAAUCCCCCCCCCCCCACUCCCCGCUCUCUCACGUCCCGCCCGCUUCCGAACGCGCACCUCAAGUCGCCGUCUUCCACAUUCGAGCAGGCACGUUUCCGCCCCUCUGUUUGGCGGGGAGGGAGGGAUGGCCGGACAUGCCAAAGGACAGCACCUUUCUGUGGAGAGGACGGGCCAGGCCAGAGACCCUCUACCAGCGUCAGCCCUCUGUCCCUUCGUCACAUAGACUGUAGGCACUAGAGAAUCUAUGUAAAGGACAACAUAGGUGAUGUAUUGUGUAUACUGUGUGUAGCUGCUACACUUAGAAAUGUUGGAUCCAUUCUUAGGGGUUCCUAAUUUGCAGAUAGGGGGUUUAAUUUGGCUGCCAUGUCAAGGGAAAUGAUUUGUUUAGUUCUUUUAGUUCUUUUUCUUUUUUUUGGUCUGACAGCCAAAACUUUCUUUUACAUUAUUGUUCCCUCCGUAAGACAUUUUGAAGCUCUUUUGAAACCUUCCUCCACAGUGAGUCAGUCCAUCUUAAAGGGGAUGCCUGGCCUUGCGUUGUCAUUGUACAGUGCUGCCAUAGCUACUGUUACUCUGCCUUGCAGUGAAAUCCUGUACUUUCCUACAUUUACCUCAUGAAUUCAUUUCACUGUGAGGGUUUGGAAUGGCAUAGCAUGUUUAGUCUGUUUGGCAGAAGGAAAACAUUUUCAGCUUGGUUCUAGCAGUGAGAACAAGACUCCCAUUCCACACUGCGUCAGUCUGGAUCUGACAAAUGAUUUUUAUGGUGUUUCUUUAUUUGUUAAGAAACAAAUCUUUACAACUGCAUGGUAGCCGGAAGCAGCAGGAAUCUAACUGCAGUCAUUCUGAUUAAUUCACUCAUUGGAAGGUACGCCUCUGGGGUUCAGGUCUACAACCUGCAAUGUGUUUCUUCAACUGCAGUGCACCCAGGCUGCAUGAUAACUUUUCUUUGAGACAGUGUUACGUUCCUGAAAUAUCAUAUCCAUCCAGAACUACUCGGUUAAUUUUAUAUCAAUGCAUGCUUUCAAAUCUCAAAUCUACUGAUCCUUCGCAAUGGGAGUCUUGUCUCUAUCUCGGUGUGUAUCAAAUCCUCUACUGUUGGACUUUGUAAUGUUCCCUCCAAAAAGUACCUGCAUGUGUUGUAAUGCUUUCUUUAUAUUUUCUUCCUGCACUUAACCACAGACAGUAGUACCGUCAUGUUACAAUAUGUUUUUGUGUGAAGGGGUGGGCUCAUGUUGAGGUAUUGAAACAGUGCAGUACUGUAAGUAAUAGUGCAUUGCUAUAUGAAAAAAGGCUGUGGCAAUAAAUGUAGUUGUGCACCUGUAGACGUUAGGGGGCAGAUGCUGAGAGUGGAGGGGGUACAUCUUUAGGGCUGAGGGGAUAUUGAGAAACUUGUUAGAGGUUACUGGCUGACUAAGAGUGGUUGAGGUUCUCACUUGUUGACAGUGGAAUACCACAUGAUUCCAGGUGGGAUAAGUUAUGCGUGUCACCUCUGUCUCACUGAAAAGAUGAUUUUUCAUGUUUGAACUGAACCUCUGUUGGGCCCAAGUGGAACCACACCUAGUCUUCCUUUGCGGACAAGUGUGCCUUCCUUCCUCUCACUGCCAUCUGGUGGUGGAAAUUGGAAUCUCAUCAGUUAAUAGUAACCAUACACACAAUGUAGAUUAAAACAUUGACACAUUCUCAGAAACAUUGAUCUUUGAGGGAGUUUAAAAUGGAGCUUUCGUUUCUACCUCCUGUCCUGCACAUCAGAACAUUAUCCAAAACUAAAAACGUUAUGGCUAUCCAUGGUAAAAGCCUUGAUACUGACUGAAAUUAUCCUGAUUAAUAUGCUUUACAAUGAUUUGAAAAUGGUUCUGGUUCAAGAACUUUUAAUGCAAGUUAUGUACGUAUAUCCCUAUAAAUGUAUACAUACACUUACAAAUAUGAGGAUGAAUAUGGACAAGAAA